ACUGGUGCCAGACAAGCUGAAAAUUGUUGCUGGAUAUUUGCAAAAAACACCGGAAAAAGUAGGCAAACGAGAAAAAAAGUGCGGAAAAAUAUGUGCCAAGAGAAAGAGCACAAGUAAAUAGCAAAACAGUAACGCAACGCAGAAGGCGCGGACCGAACGAGGACUACCACCAAACAUGGCGCCCACCCCCUUGCCCCUCGAACAAAUGCCCGGUGUUGGCGGUGGUGGAGGAGGCUAUUUGCCCGCUGGACAGGAGGGCGGACCGCGUAUCAACACGAUGUCCAUGUCGGUGUUGAUCGACUUCAUCAUCCAGCGCACUUAUCAUGAGCUCACUGUACUGGCUGAACUGUUGCCUCGCAAAACGGAUAUGGAGCGGAAGGUUGAGAUCUAUGACUAUGCUGCACGCACGCGCCAUUUGUUUACCCGCCUGAAUGCGCUGGUCAAAUGGGGCAACUCGGUUUCGAAGGUGGACAAAUCAUCGCAGAUAAUGAGCUUCCUGGAUAAGCAAAACAUGCUCUUCGUGGAGACCGCAGACAUGUUGGCGCGAAUGUCACGCGAAACUUUGGUUCGGGCCAGAUUGCCCAACUUUCACAUACCCGCCGCAGUUGAAGUUUUGACGACGGGUACUUAUAAUCGACUGCCUACCUGUAUUCGCGAGCGGAUCGUUCCCGCUGAUGCUAUAACGCCGGCUGAGAAAAGGCAGACACUGCUUCGAUUGAACCAGGUCAUUCAGCACCGCCUGGUCACAGGCAAACUGCUUCCUCAGAUGCGAGAAUUCCGCAUUCGCAACGGACGCGUUACGUUUGAGGUGAAGCAUGAGUUCAGCGUGGCCUUGACCGUAAUGGGAGAUAAUCCCACUGUUCCGUGGAGACUGCUCGAUAUCGAUGUGCUCGUAGAGGACAAGGAGACAGGAGAUGGCAAAUCUCUUGUGCAUCCGCUCCAGGUUAACUACAUCCAUCAGCUUAUCCAAGCCCGUCUGGUGGAGAAUCCCAAUGCCCUUAGCGAGGUCUACAACUGCCUUCAUUACUUCUGUCAAUCCCUGCAGCUGGAGGUUCUGUAUACACAGACACUGCGGUUGAACUACGAGAGACUUGACGACAACAACAUUACGGUGGAGGAGUAUGUGCCGGGAGUAAAAUUGACGGUCUCAUACUGGCGUGAUCUAAAGUCGGAGCUGGGUUAUCGACUUACCGUCCAGUCGGAUCCCAGCGAAAUUGGGCGUCCGCUGGCAGUGGUCCACGUGCCUUCACUAGGCGCCAAGGAGUCCGCUGAGGUAGCGGAUCGGGCAGUGCGCUCCGAGCAUCUUUCAAUGGAGCGCCUUAUCGUGCACACUGUCUAUAUUCGGUCGGUAUCCAGGCUGAGCGACCUUAAGCUGGAAUUUCAGGCUUUCCUCAAAGAUGUUGACUUCAAUCUCCAAGGAACUCCUGCUAUUUUAACUGUGCCUGUACUUUCCCCCUGUCUAAGGGCUGAGCAGAUUCACAUCACGAUCGACACCCACACGGGUAUGUUCCGGUGCCAUGUGCCCAAACAUCUGGAUUGUCCGAUCACGGAUGAGAUGCAAGACUGCCUUAAUGGGGACCGUGGUAGGCUACCCGCUCUGCUCUCAGAGCUGCGCUUCUGGAUCACCCAUCGCAGGUGCGAUAAAACACUACAACAUCUUCCGGCUACGGCCACCGAGACACUUCCCUUUCUACAGCAACCCGAACAAGAGCUUUUGCAGCAGGGCAGGCACAAGAUUUAUGUAAAGCUGCACAGGCAUCCCAAUAUUGUGCUGGUCGUUCAACUUAAAGAAAAAACUACCAUGCCCAAUGAAAUGGAGUACACCUUUCACUUGGGUUUUGUAGCCUUCCAAAAAGACGAGCUAGACGUGAUAGACAACACCGCCAAACAGCUGGUAUCAGUGGUAGCCCAAUCGCAUUCGGACAUUCCAAAGUGUUACACCAAACUGAUGCGUCUCAUCGAGUUUGACACAUUUGUGGCCACUCAUGGACCCGGUACAGAAGUAGAUGCUGAGGUUUCCCCGCACAAACGCAAGUCGAAUGGGGAUUUGCUGGCGCCCCCUGCGAAACAACAGAAGACCAUCUUCCCUGCCUAUUUCAUUCCCGAGUUGGCGCAUGUGGUGGCCAUGUGUGACGAGAAGAUACCAUUCAUGAACCUGGCGCAAACGUUGUCCAAGCACAAUAUCCCCCACAGCGGACUGCAAGUGGAAGCAAAUGCUACAUCGCUUGUGCUUAAAAUUCUGGCAUUACCACAGCCCGGAAAGACAACCUUUGCCAGCAACCAACCACAGCAACAGGGAGCAGCUGCUGGAACUGCAGAAAACAAGCCGAGUAGCACUUCUGGGCUUCCAAAAAUCGAGCCCCAUGUUUGGGACGACCUGAUGCGCCGCGUUCUAUCCAUUUCGAUACGCUCCCAGACCAACAAGAACAGCCAGGUGCGCAUCUGGGUGGUGGAGUUCGUUUUCUACAGCACUCCGCUUCAGAGCAGCCACCAGAAGGAGCAGGGUAGUCGGCGGACUGUUUAUCUCACCUACGAACAGGCCAACCACGACUUCUCCAAGACGGUCGAGGACUUGCUUAACGACUGGUCAAAAAUCGUGUAUCUGUACACACUUGUCUACGACUUUGCUGAGCAGCUACGAAACAAGCGCCUCUCCUUGUGCGACAUGCUGGUAGUUAAGUCGUACAGCUAUAUGAACCUUCUACUUGGUUACGGACCCAAAAAGGAAGUAAGCUGCAAUAUCUACUGGUCGGUGCAGUCCCACGGUUUCCGACUAACCUUCGUGGGCGGAAUGUCGGCUGUAAACGCACACUCAAUGAUGCGUGAUCAACUGGCGCAACACUUGAACCAGCAGCAUAGUCUGACCCAGAUCGCCCAGAUACUGCACGAGACCUACAACCCACUGAGCUCCAUUGCCAAACUGCCAGUGCUUCCCUUCUUGGGCAUCCCGCGCCCCCAGGUGCCAGUACUAUCCUUUUGCGUGCUGGCCCAAUCGCCUUGCCUCAUACGGCUGACCUAUCAAGCGGUCUACUGUCUCGAAUUGCGCUUCCGAGCCAACAGGCUUGUCUCUAUAAGAGAUGGAGCGAGCAGUCGCUUUGAGCGAAACGUGGUGGAGGAAUUCACGCCCAUCCAGGGUCUCAAGGCUUUCCUCUCCAAGUACGUUGAUGAGUCGGCUGCCUACAGAGGACGUGCUCCCCACGAGGACGACAAUCCUCUGUCACCCAUGGGAAUGGAGGACAACUUUGGUGGACCGAGCAGUGUGGCUGGAGUAAGUGCUGGCGGAUCUUCUCCAUUCCUCGGCACUGGUAUGCGAGGCCCCCAGUCACCGAGGGACAGUGGCUUACGCUUUCCUGCACCUCACACGCCGCCUUCCAGCUCGAAUCCGCACACGCCAGCCAGCCCGCAUCCAAGUGCGGGAGCAGGUGGUGGUAGUGGUGCCCAGGGACAUGGAAACUUUAACCUGACAUCCCCGCCAGCGCCGCAUAUGCCACAUCCGUCUCCGAGCGGCUUAAUGCCUUCGUCCCCACUGAAUCCUCAACCCAGUCCUCAUAUGGUUCACAGCCCAGGACCCAACACACAAAUGUAUAUGCAGAGCCACCAGGACUCUCCCUUUACGGCCAUGUCGCCGGCGAAUAAUAAUUGGCCCGGAUCCCCCAGCAUGCCGCGCCCAUCUCCACGACCCGGGCAGAGCCCGGAGCAUAAGAGCACAGGCGGUGGAGCGGGAGGUGGCGUUGGAGCGGAUAGGGGUGUCUCUCGAGGCACUCUCAAUCGCCCCUGGGCUGGAGCAGUGCCCACCCUCCUCACCCACGAGGCUCUAGAGACUUUGUGUAGGCCUAGUCCCCAUCCCAACAAGGAUAUCAAUGUGUCUGACAUGAGUCCUUUGGAGCGUUUCCUGGGCUGUGUUUACAUGAGGAGACAAUUGCACAGAAACAUCCAGAGCGAAGAGUCACUGACAGCCCUUAACAGCACGGAACCUGGAGUAGUGCUCUUCAAGGUUGAUGGACUGCAAUGCCAGGUGGUACUAAAUCAGAUGCAUAUGCAGACGCUGCACCUGAAGAUCUCCCAGCUGCCCCCUAUGCCCGACAAGCUGCCGCCACCAUUUCAACUCAGCCAGGACGAUCUAAUGGUCAUAGAGCAGUACUUCGACACCAGAGUGGCAGCUCCACCGUACAGACCCAAUUCCUUGUACAGCGUUUGCCGCCUGUUAAACUUGCCCGCCCAGGUACUCAAAGAUUUCGUUCAGAUCAUGCGAUUGGAGCUGAAACCGGAGUUGGGUGGAGACCAGCUAAAGUGGACGGUGCAAAUGUGCAUGCGCAUGCCGCCCUCGGCAGUGCCCAUUGUGCCCAGUGGCAAUGCCUGCGUGGUUCUGGGUCGCAUGAAGAUCCUGUUCUUCCUGCACAUCACGAGAAUUCCCUACGGUGCUAGCAUGGGCGUUGGCAAGGAUUGGAAGGACAGCCCCUCUCUGGUACUGCCCAUUGUGUACGACAUACAGACGAAUGUUACCCAGCUGGCGGAGAGAACUGGGCAAGUGACCUCGCCCACCAUGACGGCUGCAAGCACACUUCUCCGUCGAUUUGCCGAGUUCAAUGCUCAGCAGAAUCAGUGCACGCUCUUCCCAGCUAUCACGGAUCUGCUCACGAACCUCCAGCUAGCCACCGAGAUGCCCCAGCCACCGCCCAACCAGUCCAUCGGACCGCCAGUGGGCGUCGGCGUAGGUGUCGGUGUUGGAUCCAGCCCGAAUCCGAUGAUGCCUAUGCAGCAACUGCAGCCCCAGCAGGUGGGACCUCAGGGUCCGGUGGGUCCCGGUGGUUACCCGCAGAUGGGCCCCAAUCCCGGUGGUCCGCAGUGAUGAAGGCGCAAGCGCCGCGCCUCCUCGCAGCAGCCGUGAGCUGAGAGCCUGUGAGCUGGCAACCCGGAACGGCGAAUGAUUAUUUGUUGUGGAGUAUAUUGGACACAAGACCACAAAAGUCGAUUUGGAAAUCGCAGAAAUCGUAGUAAAGUAAUCCGCGGUCGGUUUAGGUAACUUUCUACGCCUACAAUUAAUAGAUUUUUCAAAAUCAAAAAUCGAUCCACUCUAGCAUACUCCAUUAUGAUGAAGUUAGUAUUUAAAAAUAUUAAUUACUAUUAAUAAGCUUCCUUGGCACCAUGGAAAGAGCUUGGUAGUCAGCUAGCUCCUAUUAAAGAGCAGUACAAGUGCAGCUCCCCUGAUCUUUAAGUAGAGACGCAAGGGAUUUCAUAUAAAGAUCAGGUGCUAUAUACAUUUAUUGUGCUGUACUCCCUGAAAACGGGUAUGAAAACACGAUUACACAUCCAAUAUUGUUAACUAAACAGAGCGGUUAGGUAUGUAAUAAAAAUUAACUUUAAAUGUA